UUCCCCAUAAGCAGCAGCGGCGCCCCCUCUCUCCCUAACCCUAAUGUACUCCUCCUCAAUCCUUCUCACGCUGACACGCAGGACGGUAGCAGCGGUGGUGGGUUCGUUGUCGCUUUCAUGGCGCCUUCGCGAGUCCCAGCUACCGCGCUCUUCUCCUCCUCCUCCAUCCUUCUCACACAGAAGCAGUGGCCGUUCUUCGCUGGCGUUCUCACUCUCGCUUCCAAUAACACUCGUUAGUCAACCUCUCUCACAACCCCUCCGUUAGUGCUCCCUCCGCCAGAGAAAGGAAGAGAUUAAUGCGACACUUGAUUCCGAUGUUCCUAUGGUCCCCGCCGGCCAGCCCUCCAGCAGCGCCGCUGGCCCUUCCACCAAGAAGCCCAAGCUUUUCGAGAUCAAGAAGUGGAACGCUGUUGCUCUAUGGGCUUGGGGAACCACAUCAUGGAUCUCUGUAUCGAGUGCCAAGCUAAAUCAAGCUAGUGCAACUAGCGAGGAAUGCACUGUGGCUUGGGAGUUUAUAGAAGCUGUAGAAGCAAAAUCAUCUUCUUCAUCUGGGUAUGGUUCUAUGGUAAGCGUCCAUGGGUAUUUAGAGGAAGGUAAUUCAUUAAGUCUGCAAAAUUGUAACAAUGAAUCUUUCUCUAACUGUUGUUUAUGUAUGUUCAACUUUAAUUUGUGGGAAAUGGGAAUUGUUUCUUUCAUUAACUGUUCUGUUUCUUUGUUUAUCAGUGCCUUGUAUUAA